CCCCCAUCUCCCCUCUCCCAGCUUUCACGCUCCAGCUCCUCCCCUCCUCCGCGUCUCCCGCUCCCCUCCCCCUCCUUCGCUGCUCCCAGCCCCCGCCGCCGCCGCCGCCGAUCUCCAUCUCUGCAGUCUGGGCCGCUGAGUGCAGAGGCUGCUGCGGCCCUGGCGGCCACUGCCGCCUCCCCCAAUCCGGAUACCCAUUGUCUCCCGAUCCACUCAGCUCUCCACCUCCCUCACAACCAUGGCGCACGAAGCCGGGAGGAGCUCUCGUCUCGGGGGGUCCUGCGGGGAGCCCGCGGAGCUUAGAGGUGAUGCUAGUGAGGAGGACCACCCCCAAGUCUGUGCCAAGUGCUGCGCUCAAUUCACUGACCCAACUGAAUUCGUCGCCCACCAGAACGCAUGUUCUACCGAUCCCCCUGUUAUGGUGAUACUUGGGGGCCAGGAGAACCCCAACAACACUUCGACCGCUUCUGAACCCCGGCCUGAAGGCCACAAUAGUCCCCAGGUCAUGGAGGCAGAGCACGGCAACCCCUCGGAUUCCGGGUCCUCUGUACCCACAGAUCCCACCUGGGGCCCAGAGCGGAGGGGAGAGGAGUCUUCUGGGCACUUCCUUGUCGCUGCCACAGGUACAGCAGCUGGGGGAGGCGGGGGCCUGAUCUUGGCCAGUCCCAAGCUAGGAGCAACCCCAUUACCUCCAGAAUCUACCCCCGCACCCCCCCCUCCUCCACCUCCUCCUCCACCCCCAGGUGUAGGCAGCGGCCACUUGAACAUCCCUCUGAUCUUGGAAGAGCUCCGGGUGCUGCAGCAGCGGCAGAUCCAUCAAAUGCAGAUGACUGAGCAAAUCUGCCGCCAGGUGCUGCUGCUUGGUUCCUUAGGCCAGACGGUGGGCACCCCUUCCAGUCCCUCAGAGUUACCUGGGACAGGGACUGCCUCCUCCACCAAGCCCCUUCUUCCCCUCUUCAGCCCCAUCAAGCCCGUCCAAACUAGCAAGACACUGGCACCUUCCUCCACCUCCUCCUCCUCGGGGGCAGAAACACCCAAACAGGCUUUCUUCCAUCUUUAUCAUCCACUAGGGUCACAGCACCCUUUUUCUGCUGGAGGGGUCGGGCGAAGCCACAAACCCACCCCUGCCCCAUCCCCAGCCCUGCCAGGCAGCACAGAUCAGCUGAUUGCCUCACCUCAUCUGGCAUUCCCAGGCACCACGGGACUAUUGGCCGCCCAGUGUCUUGGGGCAGCCCGGGGCCUCGAGGCUGCUGCCUCCCCGGGUCUCCUAAAGCCAAAGAAUGGAGGUGGUGAGCUGGGCUAUGGGGAAGUGAUGGGUCCCUUGGAAAAACCCGGCGGACGGCACAAAUGCCGCUUCUGUGCCAAAGUAUUUGGCAGUGACAGUGCCCUGCAGAUCCACCUGCGUUCACACACGGGCGAGCGGCCCUAUAAGUGUAAUGUCUGUGGCAACCGCUUUACCACACGCGGCAACCUCAAAGUGCAUUUCCACCGGCAUCGGGAGAAAUACCCCCAUGUGCAGAUGAACCCUCACCCGGUACCAGAGCAUCUAGAUUACGUCAUCACCAGCAGCGGCCUGCCCUAUGGUAUGUCAGUGCCACCAGAGAAGGCCGAGGAGGAGGCAGCCCUGCCAGGUGGAGGUGUGGAACGCAAGCCUCUGGUGGCCUCUACCACAGCACUCAGUGCCACAGAGAGCUUGACUCUGCUCUCUACCGGUGCAGGCACAGCCACGGCCCCUGCACUCCCUGCUUUCAAUAAGUUUGUGCUCAUGAAAGCGGUCGAGCCAAAGAGUAAAGCUGAUGAAAAUACCCCACCAGGGAGUGAGGGCUCAGCCAUCGCCGGGGUGGCAGAGAGUGGCACAGCAACCCGCAUGCAGCUCAGUAAGCUGGUGACUUCACUACCCAGCUGGGCACUGCUUACCAACCACUUUAAGUCCACCGGGAGCUUCCCUUUCCCUUAUGUGCUUGAGCCCUUGGGGGCUUCCCCCUCUGAGACAUCAAAGCUGCAGCAACUGGUGGAAAAGAUUGACCGUCAAGGAGCCGUGGCAGUAGCUUCUACUGCCUCAGGAGCUCCCACCACCUCGGCCCCUGCAACAUCAUCCUCAGCCUCAUCUGGACCUAACCAGUGUGUCAUCUGUCUGCGGGUGCUGAGCUGUCCUCGAGCGCUGCGCCUGCAUUACGGCCAACAUGGAGGCGAGCGGCCCUUCAAAUGCAAAGUGUGUGGCAGAGCUUUCUCCACCCGGGGCAAUCUGCGUGCACAUUUCGUGGGCCAUAAGGCUAGUCCAGCUGCCCGGGCCCAGAACUCCUGUCCCAUCUGCCAGAAGAAGUUCACCAACGCUGUCACUCUGCAGCAGCAUGUUCGGAUGCACCUGGGGGGCCAGAUCCCCAACGGUGGUACCACGCUCCCUGAAGGCGGGGGAGCUGCCCAGGAGAAUGGCUCUGAGCAAUCUACAGUCUCUGGAGCAGGGAGCUUCCCUCAGCAGCCAUCCCAGCAGCCAUCUCCAGAAGAGUUGUCUGAAGAGGAGGAAGAGGAGGAAGAAGAAGAGGAAGAUGUGACUGAUGAAGAUUCCCUAGCAGGGAGAGGCUCUGAGAGUGGGGGUGAGAAGGCAAUAUCGGUGCGGGGUGAUUCAGAAGAGGCCUCUGGGGCAGAAGAAGAAGUGGGGACUGUGGCAGCUGCGGCCACAGCUGGAAAGGAGAUGGACAGUAAUGAGAAAGUGAUUCAACAGCCUUCUCUGCCACCACCCCCACCCCCACCACCUGAGAGCCUGGAUCAAACACAGCCAAUGGAGCAGGGAAGCAGUGAUGUGGCCAGAGGCACAGAAGAGGUGAGCAAGCCAGAAAGGAGUUCCAGCCCAGCAUCAGUGAUGGCCCUGGAAGGGGAAGGCAGCAGCACCACCUUGGUGGAGGAGCUGAGCCUGCAGGAAGUGAUGAGAAAGGAGCCAGGAGAGAGCACUAGCAGAAAGGCCUGUGAGGUGUGUGGCCAGACCUUUCCCACCCAGGCAGCUCUGGAGGACCAUCAGAAGACCCACCCCAAGGAGGGGCCACUCUUUACUUGUGUUUUCUGCAGGCAGGGCUUUCUCGAGCGGGCUACCCUCAAGAAGCAUAUGCUGCUGGCUCACCACCAGGUGCACCUGAACACCCACAUUUGGAAUUGCAGCCCAGGCCAAAGGGGCGGGCAGCUGUCCCUGGAGGGCCUAGGGCAACCCCUCUCUGGUGACCAGGUUAACCUGCAGGACUUCUUGUCCCAGGGCAUUCCUGCCCACCUGGUGAAGUUGGGCCCCCUGUCUUUCUGGAACCAGGAUGUAGCUUUCCUGUCAAGUGACCUGCCCACCAGGCCCCAGAGUUCCAGCUCCAUCUCCAUCUCCACUACCACUUCAGGCCCCGCACCACCAGUGCUCUUUGGCCUAGGAACUGUGGCUGGGAAGUUGCCUCCAGCAGUGGGAUCCAGAGAAGCCAAGGAGAAGAGAGCCCCUCUCUUCCUCUUUUGGCCUCUUGCAUCCAAGACAGUGCCUGAGAAGCCCAACACAGAAGAGAAGUAGCAAACUGUACAUUCCUUCUCCUUCCCCUGCUCCAGAAGGUGCCAACAAUGAAGAUGAAAUACUAUCUGUAUCUGGUGGCUCAGCCCCAGGGGGGUAGAGAGAAAAUGAAGGACACUCUUCCAAGCAGUAAGGCACUUAGUCACAUUAAGGCAAAGGUGUUGGCUGGUUAAUAUGCAAAGAUAUUUCGAACUUCUCAUAUCCUUCAUCUUUGCCUCUCAAAAUUAGGAAACUGGUGGAUUUCUUGCCAAGAAGUCUCCCUUGGGAUAUUUGGGGGAAGGAAAGGUAAAGUUCAUAUCUUUAACAGGCAUUGUUGAUGAGGGUCAUUGAAGGAAUAAUGGAGAGUUGAGGUGUGUUGCUAAAGCAUAGGACUUGCUGAGAACCAAUGUGAUUAAGAAAGGGGCCUAAUGUAAGGGAGGGGACCUCAAAUUCUUGUUUGGAUGGGUGUCAUGAAUGUUCUUUUGGACUAAUGAUGACUUAGUGUGCAGCAAUGCACCAUGGAUCAUGAGGAAUUUCCUAGCACUAGCGUGCUUCUAGUUUUAGAUAACUCCCACCUUUAGUCCCUGGCCCCUUGUAUUUUCCUCAUCUUCCUCUCAAGGACCACUUCCUCCCCAUUUUGCCUGUCCAUGGACUGGGGCUUAUGUCUUUGCCACUGUCUGGUUCUUAGUGUCCCAGACUCUGGGAGAUGAGCUCCAAGUGCUGUCCUCCCUGCCUCGUCCUGUAACGAGAUGUAGUAUUUACUCUUAACAUAGGAUCAUUUGAAACAGGAGUUCUGAGGAGGAGAGAGUGAGGGUUCUGCUAUUGACUGACUUGAGAGGUGGUUUCUCCUCCAAAGGUGUAGGCUCCAGAGUUUCCUAACAUAGUAAAUGUAAAGAGCAGAUAAGGGAAAUAAUAGUGUCUUUCUCUUUUCAUUAAAGGUGUUUUAACCAAA